AUCGGCUUCAUUAUCUAUUUUCAUUUAUAUUGUUUUGUGGGUAUUUGACGACGUUAUCGCGGCGCCGUAUCGCAGCGUUGACGUGUGUAAUAACAUGUCUAUUUUUAUUUCAGCCAAAUUUCUUAGUAUUUAAUUUUGUUUUAUCGUAAAUAUUCUGGUAUUUUCUGGCAUUUUUCCGGCAUCCGUCGAACAUCGAGAUCGAAGUGGAUUGAUAAAAAUCAUAAGAUAUCAAUAUAUCAAAUCAAUUUAAUCCGUUAUAGUUUCCAAUAUUAAAAUGGCCAAACGUAUUACAGACUAUUUUUUUGAAAAAGAUCAAAAUAUAGAAAAAAAAGAAAAUUAACUAUUGAAAAUCGUAUACCGUGUACAAGUACCAAUUCUUCGUCUAGUACACUUGAUACGACAGAAAAUGAAUCUCAGUUAAAUACAGAGUGGUAUAAAGGGUCGAAACUAGAUGUUACUUGGUUAUUGCAAACAUUUUCUAUGCUCAAAAAAAUUAAAUUGGGGAAGCGAUCAGGAUUAAAAUGCAUGGUUUGCUUUGAGCAAAUUUCAGAAGCUAUUAAGUUUUCUCGUAAUGGGCAUGUCCCAAUAGCUGAUGGUAUAAGAUGUGAUGGUAAAAGAGAAUUGAUGAGGGUUGUUAACCAUUUGCAUAGUGACGCUCAUAAUGCCGCUCGUAAAGCUGACGAGACUCAGCGCCUAUGGCUAACACAGGCUGAUAAACAUCCAUGGGUGAAAAUUCUUAAAAACCAUGAGUCGGAAAUUAUUAAAAAUUUAAUUGAAUUAGCUGUCGAUGUCCAUAAUGAUAGCAAAGUAUUGACAUUAUCUGCUAAUUCUUGGCCAUCUAGAUCACUUUCAAAAAUGCAUGCUAAUGCUCAAAUUGCUAGUUAUGGAGAACAUGGUUUGGAUUCUAAAUUUGCUUGUUUUAAACAAUCCUCUUCUGCAGUUCACUACAAAAAUCCUGUUAUAUAUCGUGAAAUGUUAGAUACAGUUGCUGAAAUUACCAUGGAGUCAGUUACAAACGAAUUGAAAAUUGCAGAAUGUUUUACAUUACAAGUUGAUGGUUCUGUUGAUAAGUAUUCGAUUGAUAAUAAAUUCAUAACAGCCCGUUACCUUGAUAAAAAUAAAGCUAUGAAAAAUAUAUUUCUCGGAGAAAGCCAUUCUUCUAAGCGUGGAGCAGAAGGCUUACUUGAUUCGGUUAUAAUCGUUUUAAAAAACCUUAAUUUAGAACACACUGCUACACAAAACAUGACUGGAUUAAGUACCGAUGGUGAGAGUGCCAACACUGGUAAGAAAAUUGGUCUCUGGGUCAGACUUCAAGAACAUUUGAAAAAAGAGAUACUUUUUAUUUGGUGCGUAGCACAUAGGUCUGAUUUAUGAUAGCAUUUGGAGAUU